AUGACUUCCGCUGAACCCCCUUAUAUCGCAGUUGCCCGACGAAAGCAAGCUGCAUUGGCUGCUUCUAUCCCAGCUCAAUGGAAAUUACCUGAGCAUCUCAUCCCUGCGGGGAUGCUUACCCCUGCCGAGUCCAUCACUGAGGGUCCGAAGCAGUAUGGCCGCGUUAAUGUGAUGAACAUUCCUCGGACAUGUGGUCUACUUACACUUAAAGAACUGGAUAUCACAGAGAAAUAUGAUGUACGAGGACUUGUUUUGGCUAUAACCGAAAGUAAGCUUACGGCUGAGGAAGUGGUUGAAGCAUUUUGCAAGAGAGCAGCUAUUGCCCACCAACUGACCCGUUGUCUCACCGAACCCCUAUUUGAGCGCGCAUUAAACCGGGCGCGGGAACUGGACGACCAUCUUCGACGUACGGGAACUCCCGUCGGACCUUUACAUGGACUCCCAGUCUCGGUGAAAGAUUCAUUCAAUGUGAAGGGCGUCGAUACAACCGUCGGUCUUGCUGCCCUGGCAUUUCAACCUGCAACUUCCAACGCCGCGCUAGUCGAUCUACUUGAAAGCCUCGGCGCUGUCGUGAUCGCGAAGACAAAUAUCCCCCAAACACUUGCAACACUCGACAGCUGUAACAACCUCUUUGGGCGAACGCUGAACCCAUUGAAUCGACAAUGGACUGCGGGUGGAAGUACUGGUGGUGAGGGCGCGUUGGUCGCGAUGCGUGGAUCGAUGGUCGGGUUUGGAACGGAUAUCGGUGGGAGUAUUCGUGUGCCGGCUAUGUGCCAAGGUAUCUAUGGAUUCAAGCCGAGUGAGGGACGUGUUCCCUUUGGUGGACAGGGAGGUGGAGGCAUUCCUGGAAAGAGUCGUAUGUCUCUUCAGGCUGUCGCUGGUCCUAUUGCACGGUCGGUUGCGGAUUUGGGGGCCGUUAUGGCGGAGAUUGUGCCUCGGGCUGAACUUUUUGGUGAGGACUGUAUCCCAGGAUAUUGGCCUACGCCUUCAGUCCCGGCGACAUUGUCACUGCCUCACAAUUUUACCAUUGGAAUUUUGAAGACGGAUGGCCUCGUUACUCCAUUACCGCCUAUUACUCGGGUGCUGGAUGAAGUUGCUCAGAGCUUGCGUCGCACUCCCGGUGUGGAAGUUGUCGAUAUCCCGACCCCGCCAGUAAUGCGCAAAUGCCAAGCUGUUGCUGGUGGACUCAUGGGUAUUGAUGGAGGAUCCAAUACACUGGAUCUUCUUGAGAGCAUGGGUGAAUCGUUGAUGCCCUGGCAUCUUCAACAAGGCAAGUUUGGACCAAAACGUGGCAAACCGUUAGAUAUCUUCCAGGUCGCAGAUCUACAGGCUCGACGCUCUGAGCUUGAAAAAGAAUUGCUGAAGAUGUGGACGCUUGGCCUAUCUCCUGAAAGACGCGUGGAUGCUAUUAUCUGCCCUAUGGCGGGCCAUCCGGUUCCUCCACUGGACAGUUACAAGGGUGUUGGUUAUACCUCAUCAUUUGUACUCUUGGACUAUCCAGCGGGCAACUUGCCCAUCCGCUCAUUUGCAGAAUCCGAUCUAGAACUUGGACGAAAAAUGGACGCUCCAUUGUUAGGAGGAUGGGAUAAGCUGAAUCGACAACUAUGUAAGUCAUUUCCUCCUACAGGGCUGUUCGCAGGUUCUACUCUUCUAACAAUCACAGGGGACGAGAAAAUAACAGAUCGCCGUGUGUAUCUUGGCUCUCCAUUGGGUGUUCAGAUUGUAACGCCAAAGCAACGUGACUAUGAGCUCUUCCAGGCUAUGGAAAUUGUAGAUAGAGCAGUGCAGGGACGUGGGAACACUGCUCAAGCAAAGCUGUAG